GUGAGAUCUAGCAACACAAAAUCGAUCUCAAAACCAUCAAUCUCCCACUCUCACUGAACAACUGAAGACUAAACAAACAUGGCGGCAAAAGCUAUAGUAAUAACAGUUCCGACAUUGAUUCUCUCAGUCGCCGGCGCCGCAAUCUUUCUAUUCUUUCUUAUUUCCUCACUCUCGUCAACACCUCCUUCACCCUGUUCCUGUCCAACAACACCUUCAGCACCAGCCGUCGGAUCAAAUCUGCCAAAACAGAUCUCGGCCACAGAAGAAGAUAUAAAGUGGGUCAAAACACAGAUCGAAAAUAAUGGAAUUCAUAUGCAAGAUAAUGUUCUUCGUAAGGGUAUCAAUCCUCGUACACGUGCUCAACAGCUCCAAGAUUUGAUCCAGUACAAAGGCAUAUCACACUAUGAAGAAGAGGAAGCAAAGAACCAUACAUCUUUCCCAUGUCCAGGCGAACUUCUAGUAGAAGAGCACCACAGUAACUACGGUGAGCCCUGGGCUGGCGGGCGAGAUGUUUUUGAGUUUCUUGCAGAAUCUUCCCAACUUGCCCCUGAAUCACGGGUUCUUGAAAUUGGUUGUGGUACACUUCGGGUCGGGCUACAUUUCAUUCAAUACUUAAUGCCAGAACAUUUCCAUUGCCUCGAAAGAGACGAGCUCUCUCUUAUGGCUGCAUAUAGAUAUGAACUUCCCUCCCACGGGUUACUUCAAAAACGGCCUUUGAUCUUAAAAGGGGAAGAUAUGGAUUUUGAAAGAUUUGGUUCGGGUUUUACAUACGAUCUGAUAUAUGCUAGUGCUGUAUUUCUUCACAUGCCUGAUAAACUAGUCUGGGUCGGAUUAGAAAGACUAGUUAACAGAUUGAAGCCUCUGGACGGACGAAUCUUUGUGUCACACAAUGUAAAGUUCUGUUCACGGUUAGGAGGGGACGAAUGUAGUAAGAGACUCAAAAGCUUAGGACUAGAAUAUUUGGGAAAACAUACACAUGAUAGCUUACUUUUUAAUCAUUAUGAGAUUUGGUUCGAGUUUAGAAGGUUUAAAGUGUAAUUUAUUUGGAUCAAAGCAGUUUAAGAGAUUGUUGUAGACUUGUAGUAGUUUGGCAGGCAUUGAAAUUUGUAUUUAAGAAUCUUUUCAUGUAAGUAAUGUGAUACAUUGAUGUUCUUGAA